AUUGACAUUGAUAGCUUUAAUUCAAAAUAAACAGCAGCCAUAUCAGCUGUUCAACAAAACAAAACAAAUGUUAUAAGUCAGUUAUAAAUCAUCAAACAACAUGAAAUUAUAAGAUUUAUUAAAUUGGAUCUGUUCUAAUAGUGUUUUGCAGUGGAUCAGGGAUAUUUAUUUUCUAUAGAACAUGGAUUCUGAUAAUGAUUUCCGAAAUCAAUUAAAAAUAAGAUUUAAUGAAGAGUUUUCUAAACUUGUUGCUUCAAAAGGUGUUAACUCUGGUUUUAUGAACAGCGAACAGUAUAAAGAUACAAUUGAAUGUGUUAAAGAAGCUAAAGUAACGACAUCAAAAACUCCUAAACAGUAUCGCCGAAUUAAACGUUUCGAUAUUUUUUCUGUGGGUAAAGUUGAAAGACUAAUUACUCCUGUCUCAUCAAACCAUGAAGACUUUAGGUACUAUGCUACGAAUGAAGAAAUGUUCGAUAUCAUACAUGAAACGCACCUGUCCAUUGGGCAUGGUGGUCGUCAAAGAAUGGUUCAAAAAAUUAAUAAGGUAUACAAGAAUAUAACACAGGAAAUAAUCUCGAUUUAUCUUAGUUUGUGUAUACCAUGUAAAAUGAAGUUAAAAAAUGCAAGAAAAAGUGUUGUGAUAAAACCAGUGACACAUUCUGAAGUAAAUAAUCAAAUCUACAGCAGGUGUCAGUUUAUCAAGAUUAUUUAACUAGAUUUGUACAGCUUAGACCACUACAAUCUAAAUCAGUGAAUGAAACUGCUAAAGAAAUGUUAGACAUAUUUUGUAUAUUUGGAAUUCCAAUGAUAUUAGAUAUGAAUGAAGGUGAAUUUUGCAGCCACUUAAUAGAGGAGCUAACAGCUAUGUGGCCUGGACUUAAAAUUAUUAGAGCAAAACCUCGUGAUAGUCAACUACAGGAAAAUGUUGAAAGGUGCAAUAAUGAUAUAGAGAAAAUUCUUACAACUUGGAUGCAAGAAAACAAUUCAAAGAAUUGGUCAGAAGGUUUGAAAUUUGUACAAGUAAUGAAAAAUCGCGUAUAUCAUCCUGGAAUAAAACGUUCACCCUACAAAGCCAUGUUUGGAAUGGAUUUAAGAAUGGGUUUAUUCAGUUGUAGUUUACCAAGGGAACUUAUUGAAGAUAUCAGCACUGAAGAAGAACUUUUAUAUGUAGCAAAAGAAAUUCAUAUAGAACAAAGUAAUUAAUUGGAAAUAUAGAAUCAUAUUUUUGGAAUAUAAUAAUUGCAGUUCUUCACAGUUGGGCAAUUAUGAAAGAUAUUAGUAAUUUAUUAAAUAAAGUAACUUUUUUAUGCAGCUGUAUA